AUGCCUUUUCUCAACAAAUCCAAUUCUGCUUCGGCUGACGGAUGCUCAGAUAAGAAUAACAGAAGGAACGAAAAAUGUUCCACCACGAAUGGUGCUGGAAAGAAAAGCUCCCAUGGCCUUAACUUCCGAAGAUUCUUUUUCCCCUCCUCCUCGGUUGCACUUCUCGUUGUCGCCAUUUAUAUGUUACUACUAAAGAUAACACCCCUCGACAGAAAGGUCAUGGCCCAAAUACAAAUAAGGAAUUUAUCCGAGUUAAAUGAAAAUGGAUGCUUCAGAAAAAGAAACUCAGAUACAAAUGUAAGUUCCUCCGAUUCUGAAUCCAAUGAUGACGUGUUAUCUGAGUUUGAUGAAAUGGAUUUAGGUGAAAAUGAAGAAGAGGACGCUUUUGAUUCAGAUCGAAUUGUUGAAGAAAAAUAUGAAGAGAAAAAUGACUUAUGUAAUAUUGACUCGCCCAGAUUGGACGAAGCCGAAGUAAUAUUUGCUAGCGAUGUGACAAAAGAGGAACUACACGAACAGAUCAAUAAUAUGGAAGAAGUACCAUCAAAGGAUGAAAUUGUAACAAUGUGGAAGCGCGCAUAUGCUUUGGAAGUACAGACCAUUUCAGAAAUGCUAAUUGCAUUAAUGGAAUAUUUCGAAGAAUUGAAGGAAAAGCAUCAAGUAGAAGAAGAACAUGCUUUCACUCUUUGGGGUGGCGUUAUGUCCAUUUUUUCUGACGUGCUAACUGAGAGAGAGGAACACUACAAUAAACUUUUUUACGGCUUUAUCAUGAAAGAUGAGUUGACAAAACAGGAAUUUGUCAAUUUCUUGAACAAUUACAAGAAGGAGGCUGCUGAAUUGAGAGAAAUUUUAGAGACUUUCGCGAAGAAAGAAUUGGGUGCAGAAAUCAUUCCAAGAGAGGAAGGUAACUAA